UCAUUAAAUUGGGAAAACCCAGCAUCUGGUUGUUGUUGUUUUGAUCUGUUAUAUUUGGGAAAGAAAUUACAGUUUGUAUAAUGGCUCUACAUUUGCUAGAGGAUUGGUGCAGGGGGAUGAAUAUUAACCCUAGGAACUGUGUCCUGGUGACCGGGGUGCCGGAGGCGUUCGAUGAAGGCUCGAUAGAGCCUACCUUAAGGGCAUCCACUGAGUACCUGAGUAAGUGUAAAAUGCGUGGGCGCAUAUUUGUGAGGGAGGAUGGAGAUUUUGCGGUACUGUGUGAGCUGCCGUCGGCUGUGGACCCUCUACAGGUUCCAGGCACGAUAGCAGUGGAAGAUGGUGAGUGGAAGGUAAUAACUACUGGGAGCCAGCCCUCACCAGCCCCGGCCUCUGAAGUGGAGUUUUUAAAGAAAAUGUCAGCCUUUUUGGGGAAAGAGGGGAAGACCUUGGCUGAUAUGCCGGGUCUGUUGGGCCUUGACCCAGGAGUCCCACCCCGGGAGGCUGCUCCAUCACCUGAUGAGUGGGUGAAGGCUUUGGGGCAAGCAUUAGAGAAGGUUGUGCCACCCCAUCCUGAGUCAAGCCCCUAUCGUAAACUAAGGUUGUUUUCUGGGGGUCCCACCCCAAUACCUGGGGAGGAAGCAUUUGAACCCUGGCUGGAACACACCACUGAAAUGCUGCAGGAGUGGGCAGUACCUGAUGCUGAAAAGAGAAAGCGACUAGUAGAGUGCCUCAGGGGGCCAGCCCUAGAUGUGAUUCGCACCCUGAAGCUCAGUAACCCUGGGGUCAAGGUAAAGGACUGCCUAGAGGCCCUUGAUCAUGCCUUUGGGAGAACCGAGGGCUCAGAGGAUGUUUAUUGCAAGUUCCUCAAUGCCAGGCAACAGAAGGGAGAGAAAGUUUCUGCCUACAUGCAGAGGUUGGAGAAAUUAUUACAGAGAGCCAUCAUGAGGGGAGCAGUAGCGGUUGAGCAAAUGGACCGGACUAGAUUGGCUCAGAUUGUGAGGGGAAUUCAAUAUCAGAACCCAAUCCUUCUCCACCUUCGAUUAAGGGAGCGCCAAGACAAUCCACCGGGUUACUCUCGACUGAUAAAAGAGGUCCGAGAGGAGGAAGAGAGGCAGGCAGCUGGUGAGGUUUGGGAGGUUCAGCCACCCCAGGCAACUGCCACAACAUCCAUACGAAUGCCCAAGACGCUGAUGGUGAAUCCUCAAGAGGAACUUACCCAACGAGUGCAGGUCCUGACACAGAAAGUGGCUGAACUAAAGAAUACUAUCGAUUCAGCAAAGACUUCAGGGUACAAGGAACCCCGCGUUACCGCGGUCCAGAAGACUACAUUUAGAACCUCUGCCCCACCCCGGCAACACAGGAAAGGGCAAUCCUCCUUCUGCUACCGGUGUGGCCAGGAUGGGCACAUUGCUGCCAGGUGUCAGAAUGCAGAGAAUCCCCCGCUAGUAUACCAAAAGCUGAGGACCACCUGGGGAAAGUCGGGAAACGGCCCCAGGGCCUGGGAAGGGAGCCGCCUAGGCCUGCAGGGUUUGGAGGCUCCCCUGCGAAGAACCAUGCCACCCGAAUCCCACCAGGAUUGAUAGGACCUCGAGCAGAGGUCACUGUAAAGGUUGAAGGGACAGAAUGUAGAGCAGUGCUUGACACGGGAUCCCAAGUGACUAUCAUAUUCCAGUCCUUCUACCAGCAGAUGCUUAUGCAUCUGCCUAUACAGCCCUUGACAGGGCUUGGCCUGUGUGGUCUCAGCAUGGAUGAAUACCCGUAUCAGGGGUAUGUCAUUGUACACCUGGAAUUCCCAGAAGAGAUCGCUGGGGUAAGACAGGAGGUGGACACUGCAGCUUUAAUAUGCCCCGACCCUAAAGGUGUCUCUGAUGUGUCCGUGCUAAUAGGGACCAACUCCAGCCUCUUUAAGGUACUUGCAGAUUACUGCAGACAACGAGCAGGGGACCAAUACCUGAAUACCUUGGUGAUACACACACAUUGUGCCGCAGCCUACAGAAAAAUUGAGGACGCAAAAAGAGUGAUGCCUGAUUUGCCGGUGGGAGCAUUGAGGUACACAGGCCCGAUCCCCUUAGUGGUGCCUGCAAUGACAGAAAAGGAGGUGAUUGUCAUGAGUACCUGCCUGAAAGGCAGUAAGAGAACAUUAGCAGUGGUAGAGCAGCCGACCGAGGGAGGGCUCCCUGAAGGAGUGCUGGUUCUUGGUGGAGUCAUAA